GGAAGAAGCCAAUAGAAGUGGCAUGUUAUGAGCCAAAUAAAAAGUUAUUUAAGGUUUUUGAAAAGACUCUUUUACCUGGUCUUCCUGUUGAAGUUAAGAAAUUCGAUAAGAAAUCUGCGCAAGUGUUUGCUAGUCUAUUGGAACAAGAAAAUUAUCCCCACUAUGAGUCAAGAGUCAUGUUAGUUGGCGAACAUGGUACAGGGAAGACAACGAUAGCAAGAUAUCUUGUAGGAAAACGUCCCACGAAACCCAAGAUAAAGUCAACCGAUGGAAUAGAAUUAACCAAUGGUCUUUCAUAUAUCAACCGUGAAACUAUGACCUGGCUUGUUGGAGAGCAAGAUUUUUCCCUGGAAGAAAUUACCACUAGUAGAUCCCUUUUACAUAAAGUCAGAAUAAAGAAAAGAGUUAAUUCACAAAAUACAACGCCAAGCAGUCAAGAUGUAUUUUGCAUGCCAGAAGACGAUGACACGUAUACGACAGGUAUACAAGACAAAAUCCCUAAUUCAGAAUUACGGAGAUUAGUUUCUGAUAGAAAAAGUUCAGAUGGCUUUAGCUAUCGGAACGAACAAGUCGUACAAUAUUAUCCAACUGGAGAGGGUAGUACUGAUGCUUCGAAAGACGAAAACCUUAGUCAAGCUCCGUUUGAUACAAACAAACCAACAAAAGACCCAGAUGAUGCUUGUUCGAAGUCAAGUCCCACAGGUGACAUGCAUAUACAAACUGUCACUAAACCUGGAUCUAUCAGAAAGCUGAAACACUUUUUUGGAGUUACCAAAAAAGUAGAAGAAGUCAAAGUGACUAUCACAAAAGACAAAUUCUUUCAAAUGGUUUCUAAAGUUGGGAAAAAGAUGUUACACAAUAAAAAGAUAGCACCUGUAAUUAUCUGGGACUUUGGAGGACAGGAUGUUUUCUAUUCAACUCAUCAGACAUUUCUCACAUACAGAGCUAUUUACAUGAUUGUAUUGGAUGGAAGUAGAAAUCUCGAUGAUCCCUGUCUGUAUGAACAUUAUCUCCCAGGAAAAAGUGGACAUAAAACAGCAAGAGAUUAUCUGCUAUUCUGGAUCAACACAAUCGUAACAUACUGCAAAGGAAGUAUUCAGGGUUUUCCAAAAAUUAUGAUUGUUCUAACGCAUAAAGACAAGGUUCAACCUAAUAAAGUUGAACACAGAAGACGUGAACUAUUUAACGAGAUUAGUCAGAUCUUUGAACACACACCAUUAAAGCAACAUUUGGUGGUUGAUGGUUUCAUAUUUGUAAACGCUAAAGAUAAAGAUGACUCGGAGAUGGCAAAGAUUAAGGAUGUUAUCAGGAGCGAAUCAGAGAAACAACCUACAUGGGGUGAACCUCUACCGAAGUGUUUUAUCACUCUAGAAUUAGAAUUUGCAUCGCUUAUCAAACGCAGCAUUCCUCUGAUUACACUAGAGCAUCUACAGGCAAUUAAUUCAUUGCAAUCUAUUAGACCACUGUCGGAAACUGAGUUAAAGGUAUUUCUGAAAUUUCAGCAUUCUAUUGGCAAGGUUUUGUACUUCGAUGAAGAAAAAUUGAAUACACAUGUUAUUUUGUCUCCAACCUUCCUCAUUGAUGCUUUUAAAUCUAUUGUUACUGAUAGAAAAUUCUGUGAAGGUGACACAGAAAGAGAAGCGUUGUGGGAUGAAAUGGAUAAGAAAGGAGUUGUCUCAAAAACGGCAAUCCAAAAUAUUUGGAAGAAAAAACAAUAUCGUGAAUUUCACAAAAACAAGGAUUAUUUACUGGAUGUCAUGACCCACCUGGAUAUAUUGGUAGAACCCAAGAGAUACGACUCCGACCACACACGUAUUCCUGCUGACUUCUACUAUGUUGCAAGUAUGGUACGAGCUAAAGAUGAUUCUGGAUAUCUUCAGUCAGCUGGCUUCCAACACAGAAGUAUUGCCAUAGUCUUUCGAUCUUCAUCAUUGAUAAUACCUCCUGCAUUAUCCUUUAGAUUUAUAGGUUACUGUCUUUAUGUCUGGGCGGUAAAAACAAACAGAGAGACCGACAAGGCCAUGCUGUUUCAUAGGUCAGGGGUGUUCACUCUUGAUCCUUCUUUGGAUAUGUACAUUAUCUGUGAAGAUGAGAGGAUCAUAGUUCGUCUUGUUCAUGCUCGAACAAACACCCUUAUAAUGAGGGAUAUGGCUUCCAGCAUCAAUGAAUGUUUAACAUCUGCCUUGCAGAAAAUAAGUCAGUUGUAUAUCAGAAUUAGCAGUAACUACAACCAAACGAAUGAUGCAUCCUUUAUAACCAACAUAUGUUGUAACUCACCAGAUAACCAAUGUAUCCUCGAAGUCAACAAACUAGCAAACAUAGGCACAGAAUGGAUAUGUCCAUCUCAUGGCAUUGGACACAAAAUCCAUACAAUCACAUCGUGGUUCCCACGAAAGGAUCAAGACAUAUGUGAACCAGAGUGCCCAGUUACAAAUGAAGAGUUUUUGAAAGAACGACCAACAGACCUACACCUACGACGCUUAUCAUUAUUGUACAAUACAAAUGAGAUUAGGGAACUAGCACUACUAUUUGGGAUGAAUUCCGCAGAUUUCGACAACCUAUUACACAUCGAUGAUACAGUGACAUGGAAAUUUGAAGUCGUCAGAAAAUGUCGGGACAGUUUUUUAUUGACAUUUAAACAUAUCAGAGAAGCAUCUGAAAAUGGCAAGAUAGAAAACAUACAUAGACUUUGCAAGCUUGUUAAAGGAGGUUCUAUUGAUUUUGAUAGAGAACCUGAGAAGUGGGACGUUGUACCUACAGAGAAACACAUUGACAAAUUAGCUCCAAAAAUUGGAAAUAACUCCCUACAAUUUCUGAUUGAACUUGAAAUGGAGUUCGAGACGUGGGAACGGUUAAGCUAUAGGCAAACAACUGAAAGAGAUUUGGUAAAACUUAACAAAGAUAUCUUAGAAGAAUGGAGAACCAAUUUUUGUAAGAUGCAUAAUCUGAAACCAACUUUGAGAAAAAUCGCACAGGCAUUUAGGAACAUUGGCAAGCACAUACAAAUUGUUGAAGAUUCAUUAUCAGACAUGUUUUGACUUUUUCUCAUUCCAGAAUCAUAUUAGAAAUAUUCUAGAAUACCUAAAUUUUAACUUGGUAUACACAUUAACUGUUCCAAGCUAAUCACCUAUAAAUAUGAUUUUGUUGUUGUAAGUUAUAUUAGCUCUUCAUAUAUGUUAUAGGCUUUGCAUUUCCAGAAUAUUUAGCCUAGAUCAUCACAAAAGAAACAGUAAUUAUCGGAAUGCAUAUACUAUAUACUGGCACAGUUCAAUUGGUACGUUGCGUUUCGGUCAAUAAAAACAAAACAGAAAAUGAAAUAACACUGUAUAAAUUGUAUACGUCCGACGCGCUUUUCUGGAUUUACCUUCAUCAGGAACGCUCAAAACAUAAUAUUCGUAAGGUAAGGAUUGAAAAUAUCGAGACAUCAAAAGUGCUGAAGACCACAAAAGGAUCUUGAAUGAUCAAGUAUGUAUUAUAAGACUGAUAUAUAUUGUAAUGCACAGACUAAUUUUUAAAUCUGAUUUUAAAUAACUAUUUUCCCUUAAUAUUCCAUAGUUUUUUCGAAAGAAAUCGAUAAUAUGUUAUUUUUUUUCUCGUUUAAGUCCGUUCGAAUGGUAAAUGCAAUUCGGAAUCUCAAACGAAAAGGCAGUUCCCAGAAACCUGUAUAUCGUAAUAGUAUUGAUACAUAUAAUUGAAUCAAAAUAAAUUAAAGUGAGAAUCAUUAAUUUCUAACUAUAAGUGAAACCCUACUUUAGAAAAGCGCUGUUAUAUACUUUCCAAUUGGAAACUACCGUCUUCUACUCUUGUUGCAGAACAACAUGACAAUAAUUGUGUUGUUUGGAUUGAAUAUUUAGUUCGGUAAUGCUUACACAACUUUUCAUAAAACCUAAUUGUGAAUAACGGUUUUCGCACUGAAUGAAUAGAUACCAGUCGUUGUUUAAUUUUCCUUUGAAAUGGCGGCGCUAGAAGCAUCAUCGACUGUUAAUUUCAAGAGUAUGCAGCCUUGGAAAAUAUACAAGGACUUUUAAGAGACAGUAUCUAAAAUGUUAGGGUUAUAGAGUGCAACAGGCAUUAUAUCCUAUUUGAAAAAUAUAUUCGAAUACAGUGUACUACAAAAAUUAGUUAAGCUUGUAAAAAUAUUUAAAAACAAUCUAUUUUUAUUGAUUAUAAACAUUUUGAUAAAUGGAAAGCUUAUGAUGUCAAAUGUAAUCGAAUGGACGAUCAGCGCAUUUCAAAACAAUAGUUCUCGAUAUUAAUUAAGGGAAACCCCAUGGUAUCAAAAGAGCAAAAGCAAUAUCGAAAUAAAAAAUCUCCACUCGAUGGAGUCUUAUUUUAAUACAAAAAAUCACUUUGCCCAAAGGGGAAAACUGCAGCACUACUCCACAUAUGAUAUUUAACCAGAAAUUCCUUUGGUAUAGUUUUCGGCGUAUUUCCAUGGCAGGACUAAAACACUUAAAUCCAGUAUCAGUUACAAUGUAAGACCUUUAGACAAAACAAUCGCUGUAUUUGAUCUUAAUACACAGAUGCAUGCACAAAGGCAUGAGUGAACAAACAGAAUCUCCAAAUUUGAUGAUUUUGAAUAUGACAUUACAAACGUUAAAGGUUGCACUUCUGUAAAUAUAGAAAAUGCAAUUUUCCAUAGGAACUCUUACGACUAAAACUGUGCCACUUUUAUCAUAAGUUUCGUAAAAAAAAUAAAUCCUAGAAUGGAAAGUUCAUAUAUGCACUAAUAUUUUUUUCAAAGGUCAAGACAUAGGGCUGUGGGGUAUAUUUUCAACAUAAAUGCCUCGAACUUCAGAGAUUUUUUUUUUUUUUUUUUUUUUAGUAAAUCAUACUUUAUUGGUAGUUUUGACAUUUGUUAGUGGAUACAUCAAAUACCGGUACUUUAUCCCGGCCUCGUUAACCGUUAGUGGUAUAUAAUCAAUUUGGUUAGUACUUGUUAGUUUAUUUUAUCUGUAAUAUAUACAUUUAUAAAUUAUAAUAUAUCCAACUAAUACAUUAUCAAUAUAGAAUGAUCCAUAUAUCUGAAUAGAAUAGAAAAAUAAAAGAAUAAAUAAAUAAAAAUUCACAAAAAUUUGGAAUUUUGGAAAAAGCAAAAACAGAAAAAAACAAAAAACAAAAAGAUAUAUCUUACUUACAGUAUUCAUAAUACAGCUUGCAAAGGAUUUUUUUCAGAUAUUUUCGUACAGGCAAUAACUAAGAGGAACAUAAAUGUAGUUAUAAACAUAGAAAAAAACAUCAAGCAUACAUAUAAACCAACAUAUAAUAGUAUUAAAUCAUAACAUGGAUGGUGAUGUGGAUAAGGUAAAGAAAUGUAAGUGAAAGUAGUUCCGGUACACAAUGUACCUAUUUUUUGUAUAAUAAAACAUUAUUCUUCUAAUAUUGGAAGCCAGGGGUCCUAGCAGAUAUUGGCCAUAUGAAAAGGGUUUCUUUUAAAAAAUAUAUUCUUUUCUAGUGCCAGAGAUUCUUUCAGGUAAUUUUUAAGUCCUGUAAAAUUUACCUUAUUUUCACAGAGUUUGUUCUAUAAAUAUAGAAUUUUGUAAGGAGUAUUAUUAAGUUUUUUAUCAUAUUAUUUCCUUUGUUACCGGUACUUAAAUUUCCAAAUAAAAUAAUAUCUAUAUUAAAUGAAAUUAAUAUUUGUGUUUGGUUAUAAAUCCAAUCACCAAGUUCAAUCCAUAAAUCUGAAAUUUUAUAGCAUGUCCAAAAUAUGUGCUCAAUAUCUUCAAUAGCUUCAUUACAGAGAGUACAUUUAUCUGUUUGUUUUAUCUUAAUUUUGAAUAAAAAUCCAUUUGUGCCUAUGGUUCUGUAUACUAUUCUGUAUUGGAACCAAUGAAGUUUAGAGCUUUUUGUGGUGUAAAAAGACAUAUUAUGCACUUUUUUCCAAUCAAAUGUUUUGUUUAAUCUUAGAGACCAUUUAUCUUCACAUCUAGGCCUUGUACUAUUUUUUUCUAAUAAAACAUUAUACAUAUCUUUUGACCCUUUAUUUGAUAAAAAAAAAUGUUCUUAUGUUAUUUGGAAGAAUUGGUCCAUAAAUUUUAUAAAGAUUGUCUAUAUAGCUAUUAUGUUUAAGAGAAUUUUGAUAUGAUUUUAUUGCUGAUAUAACCCCAUUAUAAACUAGAAAGUUAGAUUUAAUUUCAUAAAUAUUUUUGCAUUGCUCAAAAGACAUUAAUUUACCCUCAUUAUCUACCAGAUCAUUAAUCAACAAAAUACCAUUAUCAGCCCAGUCUUUAAAGAAAACAGAUGCGUUACCUAUUUUAAUACUUCCAUUUUUCCAAAGUGAGUCUGUUAAAAAUUCGUCUUCAUUUUUUGGUAUAAGUUUAUUUUGCAUUUCUGUCCAUGCUUGAAAAACCUCUUUCCAAAAGGGGUUUUUACAUCUGUUGGGUGGACUUAGAAAAACUAGUUUUUCAAUAUUAAUAUUUUCUGUGCUUUCUUUUAGCUUUUUGAGUUUUGUAUUGUUUUUUAGCAACCGUCGGACCCACGUUAGUUUUAACCCUUUAAUAUAUUCUUCAAUAUCUAGCACUUUCAGCCCCCCCAAAUUUAUAUUCCAGACAUAAUAUUUCUCUUUUAAUCUUGUCAGGCUUGUUUUCCCAAAUAAAUGAAUAUAUUGUAUGAAUAAGUUGUUUAAGAGUAGUAUAGCAUGGUGCUUGUAAUGUUAAAAACAGAUGAUUUAAUUUUGAAAUAAUUAGUGUCUUGAUAAUUGUUAUCUUUCCCACUGGAGUAAGUGUUUGUUUAGACCAAAUAUUAAUUAUAUUUUCAAUUUCUUUUAUUUUAGGAUAAUAGUUCAAAAUUCCAUUUCUUGCAAAUUGACCGAAAAGUUUAUUCCAAGUAGUUUAAACCUACUGGAACCCUAUUCCAAUCCCCACUUUACACACCUGGUGUCUUGACUAUAUUUUGUCUUCCCUAUCCACACCACCUUUGUCUUGUCAAAGUUCAUAUGGAGACCAGACAUUUCAGCAUAUUUAUGUAAUAGGCGUAGAGAUGCAUCAAGAGAUUCUGGUGUACCGUCAAGAAUAAUUGAAGUGUCAUCAGCAUAUUGAGAGAUCAAAUAUUCGGUAUCAUCUAUUUCAAUUCCCUUUAUUUCUUUAUUUUUUCUAAUUAAUAUUCCAAGUAUUUCUGCACAUAAAAGAAAUAUAUAAGGUGAUAAAAGAUCCCCUUGUCAACAACCUCUUUGAAUUUCAAAGAAUUCAGAUAAAAAACAAUUUUGAGAAACUGCAGAACUUAUAUUUUUGUAAAAGGUUCUUACCCAGUGUUUUAUAGAAGGGCCAAAAUUGAAAAAGUCUAAAACAUUUUCAAGGAAAUUCCAUGAUACAGAAUCAAAAGCUUUUUCAAAAUCUAUGAGAAGGAGCAGUCCUGGUAAAUCAUUAAGUUCUGUAUGAAAUAAAAUAUCAUAAAUAAGACGAGUAUUUUCCCCUAUAAAUCUACCAGGAAUGAAACCGGUCUGAUCACUGUUUAUAAUUUGAGGAAGAACUAAUUUUAUACGCUCAGCUAUGCAGCUUGAUGCUAAUUUAUAUGUGGUAUUUAGUAGACUUAUUGGUCGCCAGUUUUUCAUGAACUGUCUUGGUUUAUCUCCCUUUGGUAUACAUGUUAUAAUACCUUGUCUUUGAGUAAUAAAUAAUUCCCCCUUUUUGUAACCAUAAAUUAUAGAGCGAAAUACAAAUUUCCCUAUAUCUAUCCAAAAAAACUUGAAAAAUUCAUUUGUGAAACCAUCUGACCCAGGGCUUUUUUCAUUUUUCGUUUUUCGCAAAGCUGAUGUUAAUUCAUUAUAAGUAAUUUCACCCUCUAAAGAUUCUUUUAUGGUAUUAUUUAGUUUUUUAAUAUCAGUAUAAGGGAUUUCACAAUUAAGGUUAACAUUAUUCAAGCUUUCUGUUUUGGUAUAUAGCCUUUUGUAAUAAUUGUUUGCCUCCUUUAAUAUUUUAUCUUGCUCACUGAUAGUGUCCCCUUUUUCAUUGACUAAUUUGGGAAUAGUUUUAUGUAUACAAUGUUUGGUUUCUCAAUUUUGAAAAAAGUUUGUAGGUUUUUCUUCUUCUUCUAUCCAUUGCAUUUUGGAUCUGAUGUAGGACCCCCUCAUUUUUUCUUGCCUUAAUACUUUUAGAUCAGUUUUUCUUUUUUUCAAUUUCAGUAAAGAUUUCUUCUGACAAGAUUUGUUCUUCUAGUUUUUUAACAUCUUCUAAUAAUAUUCUUUCUUUUUUAUCUUUUUGUUUCUUCCUAAAAGAAGCAUAUGAAAUUGAUUUUCCUCUAAUUUCUGUUAAUAAAGUUUCUAAAAAGAGUUGAUCGUUUAUAGUAAAUUGAAUUUCUAAGUCAUUUAUCUUUUCUAAUGUUUCUCUGUUGUAUACUAAUGAUGCAUAUUGUUCUUUUACCUUAUUUAUAGUCUCUUUAACAGCAGCUGAAUAUUCAAUGUCAUGUAAAAGUGAAUUGUUAAAUUUCCAUAGACCUUUACCAAUUAUAAAGUUAUUCAUCUUUAAGUGUAACAUUAUUGGGGAGUGAUCAGAUCUAUAACUGUUAAAAAAGUGUACACCAUGUACAUGUUAAUUAAGGCCUUGUGAUAUUAAAAAGAAAACCAAUCUUGCUUGUUUAAUGGGAUUAUUUUUUCUCCAUGUAAUUUUGUUUAGUUCAGGAUACAGUUCCCUAUAGGGAUCUGUUAAAUCAUAAUUUUCUAUUAUAUCUAAAACUUUCUCUUUGGCUUUCGGGUUAUUUACAUUUUGAUAAUUAUAAGUAUCAAGAUUUUGGUUUUGGACUAAAUUAUAAUCUCCAGUUAUUAUAACUGAUUGGUUGUUUAAGUUUUCUAUUGUGUCACUAACUCUAGAAUAAAAUUCAGGUGAAUCUUUAUUUGGACCAUAUAAGCUUAUUAAAGUUAUUCUUUUUCCUUCAGUUUCAAUAUCAAUUCCUAACAGAUUCCCUUGAUCAUCUUUUUUUAUUCUAUGUAUCUUGUAUUCAAAGUUUUUUGAUAAAAAAUAGUGCUACCCCUCUUUUGUUUGUUGCAAAGGAAUUGAAAAUACAGUCUCCUCCCCAUAGAUUUUUUAUUGAUAUUUCUUCUUUUUCUGAAAAAUGUGUAUCUUGCAAACAAUAUAUGUGGCAAUUUUUUGCUUUAAGAUAAUCAAAAACAUCUCUUCUCUUCUCCUUUGAAUUUAAACCUUGACAAUUGUAUGAAACAAUUUUUAUACCAUUAUCACUCAUUUAUUAAAUAUUUAUUUUUAUAGCUAAACAAAAAAUUUAAGUUUGAUGUGUAUUUCGACCUUAUUCUUCAAUAAUGUAUUAUAUAAGUAAGUGACAAAGGAACUCUGAAAUGUCUGACCUCCUCUAACUUGUCUGCAUUACUUUCCUGCUGUAUCCUAAAUGCAUCAUAAUUGCUGUACAAUAAGUAAUAAUGGGCCAAAAUGAAAAAGAAACAUAAAAAAUAAAAGAAACAAAAAGAAAGAAAAUUUUAGAUCAUAGUGUAAACAACAAACAUCUAACAAUAAUUAAAAACAAAUUAUUAUUGUAGUGAAGAGUAACAUAUCCACUUGUGUUCAAAUUUUUUUUAAUACAGAAAUAUUGUAUACAAAGGGAGAUUAUUCUAUCUAACUGAAAUUUUAAUAAAAAUUAUAUCCCUUAUAUAAUGUGUUUUCAUAUCAAAAUCUAAAUGCAUUAAAUAUCAACUGUUUUAAUACGUUUUUGUUUUGUUUCAAUUCAAAUGAGUCAAACCCAAAGAAAUAAUGGAUUAUUUCAAUAUAUGGAGAUAGGAAAUAUGUGUAUAUUUAGUUUUUGCUUACAACAUGUACAAACAGAUGUUUGGUUUUCAGUUAAAUCAAUAGAUUUGUUUUCUUUAUAUAUAUUAUUCAUGUAGUGUUAACAUUUCCAACAUUUUGCAGGUGUUUUUUUUUUUCUUCUUUUUUUUUUAAAGCAGUGAACACACACUUCAUAAUAUUUACACCAAGAGCAUAGGAAAUCAUGUAUAAGUAACUGAGAAUUAAUAGCAGCUAAUUUAAAAAGCUCUUGCCAUGCACAAGUUAAACUUCAAGCAAAUCAACACAAACAAAAUACAUUUAAAUACAAGCUAAGAGGUAGUAGGAAAGUAGUUCAUAAAGCAUGUAAGGGCUAUAUGAUUGCAUCUCUUUUAAAAAAAAUAAAUUUAAAAGUAACUUCUGAGAGUUUUAACUCAUACUAAAUUUUGUACUAACCCUACUUUUUACUUUGGGUCUUCCUCAGAAUUUAAUUUUGCCGCUAUCCAUGUCUAUUUGUACUGUUAAAAUAUCAAAGUUGUAAUCUCAAAAGAAACGCCAAACCAACAAGGUACAUACAUUGCAUUAUUUUGACAGAUGUUUGUAUUUUUGUCUAAACAAGUAAUUAUACUUGCUGUUGAAUAUCAAUUGUUAUGUACAUUUCUUUUAUUUUGUCUUGUUUGAUUUGUAUGUUCAGAAUUCAUUCUCCUAACUGUAUAGCAUUGUGUUGUAUAGGAUGUUCAUGUUAACCAUGUUAACCAAAUAGUUAUGAUUUCAAUGUUGCAUAUGAUUGUAAACGCAAUAAAAGCUUUUCUCACAUAUUUUAACUGGACAAUUUUUGUUUUUCAAGAAAGCCCCAUCAACGGUUAAGUAUUAUAAGUAAUUGCAGGCACUCCCUCCUUUUAUUUUUUUUAACAUAGUGAUUAACUACACAACAGACUACUGAAACAUUCAUUCAGAUUGUCAGAUCCACACCUUAUCGAAAAAGAGGUGAACUUGGCCUAAGCGUUACAUUUGGUUUACAUGUAAUUUAAUCAGUAGACCAAAUAAUCAAAUAACAAGACGAACUAAUUCAAAGACUUAUUAAUUUAAGGAAGUUUGCUUGUCAUGUUUUGGAAUUUUUGUCAGAUUUUCGGAAUCCUCUGGUUUUAUCUAUUUGAAUGCCUUAAAAAAUUUUACACAUUUAUCCCCAUUUUUCUUUUUAAAAAUCUUUUACAUGUAUAAUUAUAAGCCAUCUGUAAAAGUCUUAUAAAAUCUUAAUUAUUUUUUAAUAGUUUUUGAGAACUUUAACUUGUCAAUGAUAAAGCUAUGAAAAAUCAAGAGAGGAUUUUGUCCCGGCAAAAUUUCAAUGGCUAAUAUCUCGAAAACAAGCACAUUGACCUAUAUUUUAUUUUUGCUGUUUUUGUUUCUUUAUUAAUCCCCUAUCAAUUUAUACUAAUGUUAUGAAAAGCUUGUUAUUUUGAAACUGAGUAGCGAACUUCCUUAAGAUAUAUGUCAACAAAUUUAGCGCUUCCUUAUCGUUUUUUCAUUCUUUAUUUGUUUGAAUAAGUCUUCUAAAAAGUAGGAAGAUAUAUGAAUUUGUUAACUCCAAUUUGAUGUUAGUUUAAAACAAUGAGGUUUUCAAACAAGGACAUUUUUUAUCAUAUUUCUAUGAAACAUUAUUUAACAAUAUAUAUGUAUUAAGUAAUCUUAUACAUAUUUUUAUAAAUGUAUCAUCAAUUAUUGAAAUUUUGAGAAUACUCUAUAUUUUCUUUUUUACUUUGAAACAUAUAUUUUUUCUAAUGUUUACCGCAAUACUGAGAAACAAUAACAUUGUAUUUGUGCAGAUGUGUAGCAUUUGAAUUAUAGAUAAAGUUUUUAGAAUUACUCUAAAUAAACAAGUGAUUAAAAAAAAUUAAUAUACACAUUUUAGAAAUAAAUUGUUGUUUAUCCAG